UUGAUUGUCCUUAUUUUUCAUCUUUUUUCCAUCAUCCUCUCUUGCCGGUAGCAUCGCUAAAAACAGGAGCACGACCGCCAUGAAGAGCCGCCGUUGUCGUCAUCUUCUUGGGCUGUCUCUGCAUGUGCCAUCCUCACCGUCGUUCAUCUGCAUCUUGCCAUCACCGAACCGCCGUCGUCGUUAUCUAGAUAUUUCAAUGGCUGCCGCAGAUGUUGAGUUCCGGUGCUUCGUUGGUGGGCUUGCAUGGGCCACCGAUAACGAAGCUCUAGAGAAAGCUUUCUCUGUCUACGGAGAAAUCGUUGAAUCGAAGGACCUUAUUAACGAUCGCGAAACUGGAAGAUCUAGAGAUUUCAGAUUUGUGACAUUUGUUUUUGAGCAAGCCAUGAGGGAUGCGAUUGAUGGCAUGAACGGCUCCAACCUUAACGGUUGUAACAUCACUGUCAACGAGACUCAAUCCCGUGGAGGUGGCGGAGGUGGUGGCUUCAGAAGCGGAGGCCGCGGUGGAUAUGGUGGUGGCGAAUUUAGCCGUGGCGGCGGCGGUGGAUACAGAGGCGGGACCAUCAUGAAGAUAGAUACAACAGAAACGGUGAUGGCAGCAGUGACUACGGAGAAAAAGAUGUGAGAAAAAAAAGAAGAUGGAAGAAGAAGAAGAUGAUGAGAAUAUUUAUAUAAUUUACUAUUUUAUUUUAUAAUUUUUUUUCAAGACCACAAGAAUUUGAAUAUACUUUACCCAACUAAAACAAAGCCUAGUUGCAUUAAUUUUA